GCUGACGCAGCGGCUGAGGCAGUCAUGGCGGUUUCUCAGCUGAGGCGAAGCCUGGCCUGUGUGCUGGACAGCGCCUGCCGGAGCAGGGCCGCUUGGGCUCCCGCAGCCGGCCUUAUGGGCUGCCAAAGGGGUGCCCGUGCCACCUCGACGCUGCCAGUGAAGGAGCGCAGCUAUUGGCAAUACCUGCGGCGCAAAGUCCUGAAGCCGCCCACUCCGCCCUACAGCCACAUCUGCCGAGUGGGGGACCCGAUUCUGCGCUCUCUCGCGGCCCCCGUGGAGCCUGAGCGGAUCGCCGGAGGCGAGGUGCAGGCCCUCAUCCAGACGCUGGUGCGCGUGAUGAGGAAACAGCGGUGCGUGGCCCUCAGCGCUCCCCAAGUGGGCGUGCCCCUGCAGGUCUUUGUGGCCGAGUACCCCGAGGGGCUGUGUGAGGAGAUCCCCCCCAGCAUCCGCCAGGCCCGCCAGCUGGCCCCCUUCCCCCUGCGCGUCUUCGUGAACCCGACCAUGAGGGUGCUCGACUCCCAGCUGGCCUCCUUCCCCGAGGGCUGCGAGAGCAUCAGCGGUUUCUCUGCUUGCGUCGCCAGAUACCUGGCUGUGCAGGUCUCAGGUCUGGAUGAAACUGGGCAGCAGGCGACCUGGCAGGCGAGCGGAUGGGCGGCUCGCAUCGUCCAGCAUGAGAUGGACCACCUGCAGGGAGUGCUGUACAUUGACAAGAUGGAGAGCAAGACGUUCGUCAACGCGCGAUGGGCGGAGUUGCUUGAGUGAAGCCCUCCUGGGUGUGGGUUCGGGGAAGGGAGGCUGCCUUUUCCCUGUGGCUGAUCGACCCGUCUGUCCCUGUGAAAGAGCCAGCUGCAGGGAGACAGGACUUCUUUUGUGCUGCUGCUGCUGCUUCCUCCUAUGGGACGGGUGCGGGCCUCCCUCGUGCUGCGCCCUUCCUUUCGCGGGUCCUUGAGCAGCAGUGGCAGGACAGGACCAGCUAUGCCGGCAACCACCGAACACGCUUGGCGCGGCCAGAGUUUGCGAGCGAGGCAGCAGCUGCUGAGCGGUUCAUCCCAGCAGCCUGCAAGGUCUCGGUGGUGCGUCUCAUGCACGCUGCAGAGUAGCCUCCCAAGGCAGCAAGAUGGCUCGUCUAGUCCUGGGAAUUGGAACCUGGAAAAAUAUGGACGCCGCCUCCGGCUCCUAUACGGGCUGAGGCACGAGGAGGAAAAGCAAGCUCCUCCAAUCCAGCUCCUGCCUCCGGUGAACAGCUACCUCUGGGGGCUGCACCCCAAAAGGCAGCCAAAACGCAUUUGAAAAACAAACGGCAGAUUUACAGCUGUUCAGAGGCUCGCUUGGACCCCUUCUCUGGUGUAGAGAGAGCCGUGCAACAGGUCGGUGCUUGGCCUAGUUUCCUGGGCAGAAUUCACAGAAGCAACGAGAGGCUUCCUCUGAUUCACCCCCACCCAAAAAACCCUGUGUAAAGGCCUCCUCCGCACACACACACGCACACACACACACACACACAGUUUUUUGGGGUGGGUGGGCAAAACGUUUUCACUGGCUGAGAUCAGUUUCCCUUGAUGGAACAAGUCCUAAGAUUGUAUGUGACCCCUGAGGAAAUCAAAUGUAUAAAAAGGCAAAGAGUUUCAAA